AUGAAAAUUUGCAGAUCCACCCCCAACCACCUGAAAAUUUUUGCUUGUGUUUCAUCAUCACUGCUCUCUCUUCAGCAACAGCAAAUUCCGAUUCGGAUCUCCUGCAAAACCCUAGGUUCCGCUUUCUCUCACUCGAUCUCUACUCCUUCUUUCUCUCGCCAGUACUCUACUACUGAUUCUUGCCCUCGGAAGCUCAUACAUCCAUCCAUCCAAGAUGUAUAUGGCAUAUGGGUGGCCACAGGUCAUUCCUCUGGAGCGUGGUCUCUGCCCUUCUUCUCAGCAAAUUGUGUAUCUCAAGGUCACCAAUCGCUUAUUGCUUGUGGUUUCACCAACUCAUCUUGAGCUCUGGUCUUCUUCUCAGCAUAGGGUGAGAUUGGGAAAGUACAAGAGAGAUUCAGAUUCAAUUCACAAGGAAGGCGAGAAUAUUCGGGCUGUUUGGAGUCCUGAUACGAAAUUGGUUGCUGUUCUUACCUCUUCUUUGCAUAUCCAAAUAUUUAAGGUUCAACUUACAGAAAAGAAAAUACAAAUUGGAGGGAAACAACCAUCUGGUUUAUUUCUAGCAAAUAUUAGUUUGCUCCUAAACGAGCAGGUGCCAUUUGCUCACAAGAAUUUGACAGUGAGCAAUAUUGUCUGUGAUAACAAACAUAUGCUUGUUGGACUCUCUGAUGGGUCAUUGUAUAACAUAUCCUGGAAGGGUGAGUUUUAUGGAGCCUUUAAUAUUGAUGCUCAGCUUUGUGAUGGUAGUGAGGUUACUAAACUUUCAACUUCUCUGGAAAAUGGUCUUGCUUCUAGUAGAGCCGAAAAUGAUUCUAUACCAAGUCAUUGCAAGUCAAAACCAUCUGCUGUGUCCCACCUGGAAUUUUCCCUACCCUUGAGGUUGCUAUUUGUGCUAUACUCUGAUGGGCAACUUGUCUUAUGUUCUGUAAGCAAGAAGGGCUUCAGGCAAGCCGAGCCUGUCAAGGCUGAAAAGAGAUUGGGAUCUGGUGAUGCUGUUUGUGCCUCUGUUGCUUCAGAACAACAAAUUCUUGCUGUUGGUUACAAAAGAGGUGUUGUCGAGUUGUAUGAUCUUGCAGAAUCGGCUUCACUUAUACGUUCUGUUUCUUUGUAUGACUGGGGAUAUUCUGUGGAAGAUACUGGUGCUGUGAAUUGUAUUGCCUGGACAGCUGACAAUUCUGCUUUUGCAGUUGGGUGGAAGUUAAGAGGGCUUACAGUUUGGUCUGUUUCUGGUUGUCGAUUGAUGUGUACAAUCCGCCAAAUUGGAUUAAAUUCUCUAUCUUCUCCAGUAAUUAAGCCUAGCCAGGAACGUAAAUAUGAACCUAUGAUGGGUGGCACCUCAUUGAUGCACUGGGAUGAAUAUGGAUAUAGGCUUUAUGCUGUUGAGGAAGGAUCUUCAGAUAGAAUUAUUGCAUUCUCCUUUGGGAAAUGCUGUCUCAACAGAGGAGUUUCUGGAACAACAUAUGUCCGACAAGUAAUCUAUGGUGAAGAUAGAUUGCUUGUUGUCCAGUCAGAAGAUACUGAUGAACUUAAAAUCUUGCAUCUCAACCUUCCAGUUUCAUAUAUCUCCCAAAAUUGGCCCAUUCUGCAUGUGGCUGCUAGCAAAGAUGGGAUGUACUUGGCAAUUGCUGGUCUUCAUGGGUUGAUAUUAUAUGACAUACGACUUAAAAAGUGGCGAUUUUUUGGAGAUAUUAGUCAGGAGCAAAAAAUUCAAUGCAAAGGCUUGCUAUGGAUGGGGAAAAUUGUUGUUGUUUGCAACUAUGAUGAUUCUUCCAAUGGGUAUGAGUUACUUUUUUACCCAAGGUACCACCUUGACCAGAGUUCCCUACUUUGUCGGAAAUCUUUGCUUGCAAAACCAAUGGUCAUGGAUGUUUAUCAAGAUUAUUUACUAGUCACUUACCGCCCUUUUGAUGUCCAUAUUUAUCAUGUGAAACUGCUCGGUGAAUUGACUCCCCUGAGUACUCCAGAUUUACAGCUUUCUACAGUCCGAGAGCUUUCAAUCAUGACUGCGAAGUGCCAUCCUGCAGCAAUGCAUUUUAUCCCUGAUCAGCUUCCUAGGAAAACUUUAACCGAGAAUGGUAUAUCUUCAUCUGACAUUGUAGUCAGAGAGCCUGCUAGAUGUUUGAUCUUGAGGACAAAUGGAGAGCUUUCGCUUCUCGAUUUGGAUGAGGGGAGGGAAAGAGAGCUCACUGACUCUGUGGAAUUGUUUUGGGUUACAUGCGGUCAAUCAGAGGAGAAAACAACCCUGAUUGAGGAAGUUUCAUGGUUGGACUAUGGCCACCGAGGAAUGCAGGUUUGGUAUCCAUCUCCAGGAGUCAACACUUUUAAGCAAGAGGAUUUCUUGCAGUUGGACCCGGAAUUGGAGUUUGAUCGUGAGGUUUAUCCUCUUGGUUUACUACCGAAUGCUGGAGUUGUGGUGGGCGUUUCUCAGAGAGUGUCAUUUUCUGCAAGCACUGAAUUUCCAUGUUUUGAGCCAUCUCCCCAAGCUCAGACCAUAUUGCAUUGCCUACUUAGGCAUCUUCUGCAGAGAGGCAAAGAGCAAGAAGCAUUACGAUUGGCACAACUAUCAGCAGAAAAGCCACAUUUUUCCCAUUACCUUGAGUGGCUUCUUUUUACAGUUUUUGAGGCUGAAAUUUCUGGCCAAAACACGAGGAACAAUCAGACUACAAUGUCUAAUCAUGCUACUGUCACUUCACUUCUCAAGAAGUCCUGCGAUCUAAUCAGAAAUUUUCCAGAGUAUUGUGAUGUGGUUGUUAGUGUUGCAAGAAAAACUGAUGGUCGACAUUGGGCAGAUUUGUUUGCUGCUGCUGGAAGAUCAACUGAGUUGUUUGAGGAAUGCUUUCAAAGGAGAUGGUACCGGACUGCCGCUUGCUAUAUACUUGUUAUUGCGAAGCUUGAAGGUCCUGCUGUGAGUCAGUACUGUGCACUGCGUUUGUUGCAGGCCACGCUUGAUGAAUCGCUAUAUGAGCUUGCUGGGGAACUGGUGAGGUUUCUUCUCAGAUCUGGACGAGAAUUUGAACCUGCACCAGUGGAUUCGGAGAAGUUAUCUCCUCGAUUCUUUGGAUAUUUUCUGUUUCCUUCCAGUUAUCAAAGACAAUCUUUUGAUUCAAAAGGCUCAUUCAAGGAGCAGAAUGCCCAUGUUGCUUCUGUUAAGAAUAUUUUAGAAAGUCAUGCAAGCUUUUUGAUGUCUGGGAAAGAACUUUCAAAGCUUGUUGCAUUUGUGAAAGCCACACAGUUUGACCUCAUGGAUUAUUUGCGGCGAGAGAGAUAUGGAUCUGCUCGCUUGGAGAAUUUUGCCUUAGGGCUUGAACUUAUUGGACAGAAGCUUCAAAUGGGAACACUACAAAGUCGAUUGGAUGCAGAAUUCCUUUUGUCUCAGAUGUGCUCUGUCAAAUUCAAAGAAUGGAUUGUUGUCCUGGCCACACUAUUGAGGCGAUCUGAGGUUUUAUUUGAUUUAUUUCACCAUGAUUUUCGUUUAUGGGAGGCAUAUAGCAUAACGUUGCAGUCACAUCCGGCAUUUACUGAAUACCUUGAUUUGCUAGCAACCUUGGAGGAAAUGCUUUCUUCUACAUCUAACUCAGAGGAUAAAUGAACUUCUCCAUUAUUUGGAAACCAAGCAUCUUAUCAUGGACUUCUACGUUGAGCAUGUCGCCCUCCGGAUAAAACUGUAAAGUAGUUAUAUAAUGUUACACGGGGAAAACGUUAAGCAGCACUUGGAAGGAAAUAUGACGUGAGGUUAAAGUUCCUGAUUUGGCAUCCCUAAAACUUAUUGCAGAAAUCAUUUGUAGAUAUGCAUAUUGCUGUUUAGUUCAAUAUUUUCUUCUGUUCCUUUUCUUGUUUGAUCACCGGUAGUAUUUUGCCUGUUGUCCUUUUUAGAGGAUCACACAGGAGCGAGGGAAGGGUGGUGAAGAGGUAUGUAUUGUAUAAAUUUAGUGUAUACACGUUUAGCCAUGUAUAAAUGCAUUAUGCCCAUGACAUAGACGGUCGCUGGUUGAGCCAUUCAACAUUUUUUCUCCUCUAUUCUAUUGCUUUAAGGGCAAAUUUUACUGGGGACCAUAGUCCAUGUAGCAGCAUGGAUAAUAAAGCAAAACAAUGUCGUAUUAUUUUAAUUAAA